AUGCGGUUUUACGAAGUUAUGGAUACAUUCACAAAAUGUGGAUUUACAAGUGUCACUAUUGUAAACUCAUAUCUCAUUUUUCUAACAGUUUUCCAUAUCAAAAGAGUCACUGGAACAUACAAGGCAAUGGUUCUUAUAUUUUCAACGAUUGGAAUUAUGUUUUCUUCUUGGGAACUUAUAGCUCGUCCAUUUGUUCACAAUUACAAUAAAGGUUUCAUAUUCUUCAGCCUGAAUACAUGGCUAGAAGUUCCUCAAAAAUUUCUUCAAGUGGCACUUGUCAUCUACGCCAGCUUCUACCUUUGGAUGGUUUCUCUAAUUGCUGUUCAGUUUUUAUUCCGUUACUAUACACUUGUUAAUCCUAAAAUUGCGAAAAAAUUCAGUGGGAAAGGAGUAGGCGUUUGGUUACUGUACUCACUCUUCUGCGGUUUAGUUUAUGGUUCGCUUGUAUUUUACUUCGGACAACCUGAUGAAUAUUCAGAUGAGUACAUGAAAGAAGAGAUGAUACAAACAUAUGGUUUAGUGGUGGAUGAGUUGCCACGUAUUCUUAUGAUCCCAUAUGAUUCCGAUGGAUCAGUAAGAAUAAAUGUUUUGUUUCUGAUAUUGGGCGGGUUUAAUGUGGCUGUCCAGUAUAUUAUCAUCAUUUACUGCGGUCUUCGUAUGCACAUAUUCAUGACACGGGAAUUCGCGAGAUGUUCGAUUCCCAACAAGAAACUACAAAAACAAUUCUUUCGAGCAUUGAUCGUCCAAACUGUAGUUCCAACUAUUCUUUUUGUUUUUCCAGCUUUCUUCGUUCUAUUUUGUCCUCUUUUAGAUAUGGAAAUGCAUUUUCAAACUGGUUGGAUUUAUGCUGCUUUGAGUUUAUAUCCACCCAUUGACAGUCUAGCCUUUAUGCUCCUUAUCUCAGAAUAUCGAAGGGUUACAAAAGAACUUUUCAAACUCAUUUUCCCGGAUAAACCUCGACAAGUGGCAAACGGAUCAGCAACCCUUGCUAAAACCGGAUAA